CUCACGCCAAAAGCUUCCACGUCGCGCUCUCUCAACAUCGACACACAUAACUUCCAAGCAGGCUAUUCUGAGAGCCCAAUAACAAGAAAUCUUUCAUUCGUCUACACUUUCACCAACUUGUCAGAUACCUAGUCAAAACUCGAGCUACCAUGGCACCUAAAUCCUCCUCCUCUUUCACCUUCACCAAACCUUCCUCCCAAACCGCCUCCGGCUCUUCAAACACAGUCUCUACCACCGCCUCUAGCUCCAUCUCCGCCCUUCUAUCUGCUUAUACCAACCAGACAACCCCCCGUCUCAAAUUCAUCGACGCCUUCCUCGUAUUCCUCGUCUCCUCUGGGGUGUUGCAGUUCGUUUACUGCGUCCUUGUAACGAACUUUCCGUUUAAUGCGUUUUUGGCUGGGUUCUCCAGCACCGUCGGCCAAUUCGUCUUAACCGCAUCCCUCAGACAACAGGUCAAUCCGGAAAACAAGGUGGAGUUCAAGGAAGUUUCGCAUGAACGAGCCUUUGCAGAUUUCGUCCUUGGAUCUAUCGUCCUUCACUUUUUCGUGUAUAAUUUCCUCGGAUGAGGGUUGGAUAUCCAAUGAACAAUGGAGGAAGAAGAGGUAGAAGACUGAAGUGGAGGCAGAGGUUGGAGAAGUUGCCCAAGAUGAUGAAAAGGUUGGGACUUACAUAUGGGAUAUCUCAUUAUCUAUGUAUACAAGUUACAUAUCUGGAUUCUCUCGUAUCAUACUCUCAUUCCAGGAAUUUUCGUCAAAACAUGUUGACUACUA